AUGACUAUUCUCUCCAAGGAUGCACCUGCGGAGAUCUCCCACCCCGCCCACCCGGAGCACAAGCUGAAGCUGACGGCCGCCGGCGCGGCGGAGUUCCAGUGCGACGUCUGCAAGGAGCUAGGCGCCGGGGACCGGUACACGUGCCGGCCCUGUGACUUCGACCUCCACAGCGACUGCGCCCUCGCAGAGGCCACGCUGGCGCACCCAUUGCUCAAGGGCAGAGAGCUCCAGCUCCGCUACGGCGACGACGGCGGCAGGACAUGUGGCGCCUGCGGCGGGAAGGUACUCGGGCUGCACUACCACUGCGCCGCCAAGAUGGGCAUGGACCUCCACCCGUGCUGCGCGGCGCUGCCGCUGGCGAUCCCCCAGGAGGAGCUCACGCUCGAGCUCCGGAAGGAGGCGUCUCACCGGUGCAGCAGCUGCCGGGAGAGAGGCAGGGGCAGGACCUGGUUCUACCGCUCCACCUGCAAGACCGUGUACCUGCACGUCGCCUGCGUCAGAGAGAUCGCUCGCCGGAGCCGUGCCGCCGGCGACGGCUCGAGCACCGAUCCGUUCGCUUCCGUCAAGGACGCGGCGCUGCAGAUCUACCGCGCAAAGAGGGACGAGAGUGAGUUGGAGCGCGUCAUUCUCGAGCUGGUUCUUGGAGGUUGA